AUGGGACUCCAGGAAAAGGACGGGAAGCUAGUCUUCACUUACGAUGCGGAGCAGCUCUGGGUUCAAGCGUGGGGGCCCAAUGCAUUCCGAGUUCGGGCAAGCAAAGCCCGCGAAAUGCCUACCGAAGAUUGGGCUCUGCUUAAUCCCAACAGAACCGAGGUCAAUAUCGCCAUUGAUGCAAACGCCGCCACCAUCACCAACGGGAAAAUCAAGGCCUCUAUUACUCGCGGUGGAAAAUUGUUGAUGUGGAACUCCAAGGGCGAAUUGCUACUCGAGGAGUAUUCCCGUCACCGACGAGAUGUACUAGACCCUAAGUGCAGCGCUCUUGAUGUCGAAGCUCGCGAAUUCCUCGCCAUCGUGAACAGCAACGACUACCAUCUUACAGCACGAUUUGAGAGCAUCAACGCCGAUGAGAAAAUAUUUGGCAUGGGUCAAUACCAGCAGCCAUUUCUGGAUCUCAAGGGCCACGAUCUUGAGCUUGCGCACAGGAACUCCCAAGCCAGUGUCCCAUUUGCCGUCUCAUCGCUGGGAUAUGGAUUUCUUUGGAACAAUCCUUCUGUCGGAAGAGCUGUUCUCGGUCGCAACAUCAUGAGCUUUGAAGCCAAGUCUACUCGUGCCCUGGAUUACUGGAUUGUGGCCGGCGACACUCCGGCGGAGAUUGUCGAGGCUUAUGCCGACGUCACCGGCAAAGUUCCGAUGAUGCCUGCAUACGGACUUGGCUUUUGGCAAUGCAAACUUCGAUACCAAACACAGGAGGAGCUACUGGAAGUUGCGCGCGAAUACCGGAGACGCAAGCUGCCUAUAGACCUUAUCGUUAUCGACUUUUUCCAUUGGCCGCUACAAGGAGAGUGGAAGUUCGACGCAACAUACUGGCCCGACCCGGAAGCCAUGAUCAAAGAGCUACAAGAGCUAAAGAUCGAGCUGAUGGUUUCAAUCUGGCCGACUGUGGAUCAAAAAUCCGAAAACUGGGACGAGAUGGUUGAAAAGGGUUAUCUCAUCCAGUCCGACCGAGGUAUUCGGAUCGCCAUGAAUUUCCAGGGAGACACUACUCACUUCGACGCAACGAACCCUGGCGCUAGAGAUUAUGUCUGGAAGAAAGCAAAGAAGAACUACUACGAUAAAGGAAUCCGUGUCUUCUGGCUUGAUGAGGCCGAACCUGAGUAUACCGUGUACGACUUCGACACAUAUCGUUAUCAUCUAGGCUCUAAUGUCUCUAUCGGAAACAUAUAUCCGGUCGAAUAUGCACGCGCCUUUUAUGAAGGCAUGAAGGCAGAAGGACAGGAAGAAAUUGUCAACCUUAUUCGAUGUGCCUGGGCGGGGAGUCAAAGGUAUGGCGCUCUAGUAUGGAGCGGAGACAUCGCUUCUUCCUGGGGAAGCCUCCGAAACCAGGUCGCUGCUGGCCUUCACAUGGGUCUCUGCGGCCUUCCUUGGUGGACCACUGACAUCGGAGGUUUCCAUGGCGGCGACCCAAGAGACGAAAGUUUUCGUGAGCUGUUCGUCCGCUGGUUCCAAUGGGGCGCGUUUUGUCCCGUCUUCCGCCUCCAUGGAUGCCGCGAGCCGGAGCAGCCGCAGCACGGUACUACAGGAGGAGCAACUUGCCGCAGCGGUGCACCCAAUGAAGUGUGGUCAUACGGCCCUGAGGUCUAUGAAAUCUGCAAGAGGUACAUGUUUCUUCGUGAGGAGUUGCGUGAGUAUAUCCGAUCUCUGAUGAAGGAGGCACACGAAAGGGGCACGCCUGUGAUGAGAACACUCUUCUACGUUUUCCCGAGUGACAAGGAGACAUGGAACAUCGGUCAGCAGUACAUGUUCGGAGACAAAUACUUGGUGUGCCCCGUGUUGGAGGCUGGAAAGACGAGAAUCAAUGUUUAUCUACCUGUUCUUGAGGGAGAUGGCAAAUGGAAGCCGCUGCUUGAAGGCAAGUCGAACACCUAUGAGGGGGGCAGAUGGAUUGACAUCGAGGCGCCUUUGGAAUGGAUGCCGGUUUUCCAAAGACUAUAG